AUGGCGACUGGAGCGUCCACCACCAAUGGCGCGCCAAAUGGCGACUACCAGUCACUAUGGGCGAACAAGUACCGAGGAGCAACGGUAGAAGACCUCGACCCGCCGCCCGCUCUCUCAGUGAAACCCUCCGACCCCAUAUCAUGGGCCCUUAUGUCUGGUCUUGAACGCGACUACACGCACCUCACUGUCAUCUCACAAGAGACCCGCGCGCUCCUCGGCUACAUCAGCAUUCCACAUCUGCAACAGCUCCUCAAAGACCGCAAAGUCAAAGACAGCGACCCCGUAGAGGAAGCGAUGCACAAGUUUCAGAGGAGGGGGAGGCGGUAUAAGGUCAUUACGACGGAGACGCCGUUGGAGGAGCUGGAGGAGUUUUUUGCUGGCGGGGUAGAUGGGAGUGGGAAGCAGGAGUUUGCAGUCGUUACGGAUGCUAGUAGGAAAUUUGUGCUAGGGGUUGCAACGAGCGCGGAUCUGGAGAACUUUGCCAAGAGGAGGGCAUAA